AUGGCCAGAGCAGAUCGACUUGCCCGUACCGAUGAGCUGCGCAGCGAACGCGAGGCGGAGUAUCGCGAGGCGCUGAUCGCGGCGCUGACGGCGGCGGCGUCAGGGAAACAGGGGCUGUUCGAUCACAAUGCCGACCGCCGUACUCGUGCGGCGAUUGCGUCGGUCAUCGAGGAAUUGACCGGCAUCGGCGAGGAUGUCGAUGCGAUGCGCGAGCAGUUGGGAAUGCCGCCCUUUGCUAUGCAUCAGGAGUUUUUGAAAUCGCGUGGGCCGGUCGGGCCGCAGGCGGUCGGGGAGCGCAAGCAGGCGCAGGCUUGGCUGGUGCGGCUGGCGGCGGAUGUGGGGCGGACGUCCUGA